GAUUCAUAUCACUUUUUGUUUGGAUUAUAAACUGUUUGUGCACAUUGUUGUCAUAACCAAUUGCAAAACUGUGCCUAAUGCUCUAGAUGACCCCGGAUUCUGACCAGUUUACCUUCCAAUUUUCCCCAUGUGAUAAACUCCAAAGAAGUAUUGCAGCACUUCAAGGAAAACACACUUUAUUUGGCACAAGCUUUUGUGCAGUCCAUGCCAUCACAUUUCAGAGAGCCUAAUAAACAAGAUUAUGCCACUAAUCAUUAACAAAAAACAACAACAACCCAACCUUCUAGUAUAGACUUUAGAACUUAGCAUUGCUCCCUCUGCAUGCCUGGUUCUUGGUGAGAAAACUACUUCCUGAUUGCCAGAAGGAAACACCCAUGGUUGUGUACAGAAACGAAACUCAGUGUUGUCCCUGCACUUUACAGGAAGACAAGGGCAAUGGCUGCUCUGAAUCCAGAAAAAUCCCUCCAGGAUGAAGCCACUUGUCCCAUCUGCCUGGAUUAUUUUCAGAGUCCGAUGAUGAUCAUCGACUGUGGGCACAACUUCUGCCAGGGUUGUAUAACCCAGUACUGCGAAGGGUCUCCUGGUGAUGCAUUAUCCUGCCCACAAUGCAGAAAUCCCUUUCUCAGGAAAAACCUCCAACCCAACAGGCACUUGUUAAAUAUUGUGGCAUUGGCCAAGGGUUUUGGUAUGCAGCGAGCCAAAGAAGGAGAGCAGAAGCUGUGUGAGAAACACCAGGAGCCUCUGAAACUCUUCUGUGAAGAGGAUCAGGUUUCCAUCUGUGUGGUUUGUGAUAGGUCCAGGGUGCACAAAAACCACAGUGUUAUUCCAAUGGAGGAGGCUGCUCAGCUUUACAAGGAGAAAAUAGAAUGCUGUUUGCAGAUUCUGAAAAAAGAGAGAGGCAAGAUCUUAUCAUAUAAAUCAGAUUCAGCCAAGUCAAAUGAGGAUCUUUUGAGCAAGAUAAAAAACGAAAGGAAGGAUCUAGUUUCGGAAUUUCAGCAACUGCGCCAGGUUCUCGAGAAGGAAGAGCAACUCCUGUUAGUCCAGCUGGAAGAACUGGAAGCAGAGGCUGAGAAAAAGAAGGCAGAGGCAAAUGAAUUGUCUGCAGAGAUUUCCCAUCUUGACAUCCUAAUUGGUGAGCUUGAAAAGAAGUACCAGGAGUCAACAGUUGAAAUGUUACAGUCUCCUAUGAUCAGUUUGACAUCCUGCAAUGGUGUGUUGUCAAAUUUUUCCUGGACUUCUUCAUAGAAUGUCCCAAUUUUUUUCCUCCUCUGCAUCUGUGGUUAGUGUGCAUACUUGAACUAUGGUGAUAUUUUUAGAUAUUGUGUGGAGUCUUAUUGAGAUUAUUCAGUUUGAUUUUGCAUUGUACCCAUGUACUGCUUUUGCCACAUCUUUUCUUAGUAUGAAGGCCACCCCAUUUCUUCAUGUCUUUUCAGUCCCUGAGUAGAACACUAUAGUUGCCCGAGUUAAAGUGGCCCAAUCCUGUUCAUUUUAGCUCACUUAUUCCCAGUACCGCUAUGUUCAUUUGUUCCAUUUCUUUCUUUCUUUUCCUUUUUAAAUAUGUCUAGCUCCCCCGGCUCAUGCUUCUUAUGUUCCAUGUUCCUACAGUAUGUGUAAGGUUGCUUUGUAUAGCAUUUGCUUUUUUAAUUCUUUCUACUACUGGUCUUCCCAUGUUUGGUGUUUAACUUCUUGGACCUGUCCAUGAUUCACCUGGAUUGUCUAAUCUUUGGGUUUUCUUGGUGAAGGGUUACGUGAGGAGAGUCACCUUUGCCUCCCUGUAUACAGUGCUAACAUGUGUUUUCUAUGGUCUCACUGCUGUUUUUCAACAUCUGUGUCACCCAUCACAACUGAUACUGCCCAGUAGCUGUUUGCCCUUCUGUUCAGUAGCUUGUCUUCCCUCCUGCCAUCCCGGCUGUGGGAAUUCCAAAAGAAAAUCAAUAUGUAUUUUAUUGACUACAGCAAAACCUUUGACUGCAUAGACUUAUGAAAAGCUAUGGAACACUCUUAAACACAUGGGAGUGCCAAUACACUUAAUAGUACUGAUGACGAAUUUGUACUCAGGACAAAAGGCUACUCAUACAGAAUGAUAGAAUCAUAGAGUUGGAAGAGACCGCACUGG